AUGAGGAUUGCUGUCUACCUCUUUCCCAUUCUCUUCUUUAUGAGCCAAGUCCCACCAGCCGAGGGCAGAUUCAAGGACAUCUGUGAGCGCCCCAAUGGCUCCUGCCGAUACUUCUGCAUCGAAACAGAAAUCCACGUUGGGCGAUGUUUAAACGGCCGGCCGUGCUGCCUGCCGAUGGGGCACCAGCCACACGUCGACCUCAUGACACCCAGUGAGGAGGACUGA